AUGCCGCCCAAGAAAGGAGCAAAGAAGGGAAAGAAGCAGGAUGAUGAUGACGCCUUCUGGGAGGCCAAGGCUGCUGCCCUCGAAUCGGGGCUCAAGUCGCCUGCGGCGGUAGAGGAGGAUGAGGAGUUGGUGAAGCCCGUUGCGAAGGGAAAGGGAGGGAAGAAGGCGGCGGGGAGUAUAUUUGAUUUGCUGGAUGAGGGGGAUGUAGGCGAGGGGGACGAUGAUGAGGGAGGUGGCGGGGCGCAGGCUACAAUCCAGGCGAACGCUGCGAAAAAAGACAAGAAGAAGAAGGGCAAGAAGGCGCCCAUCGACGAGGACGGAGAGGUACCCGAAGACUCUGCACCAACUGUCGAUCUCGCAGAUACCCGGGCGAACAUGGACGAUGAAUGGCCAGAGGACAGUGUCAAGCCCAAGAAGGGCAAGAAGGACAAGGCGGGCAAGAAGUCCAGGAAGGCCGCUGAAGCUGCCGAGGAGGAAGAGGAGGAACCAAAGGGGAUAGAAGAGGCGCCAGUGAAGGAUCUGGCGGAUGAGUGGCCAGAGGAAGAGGUCAAGCCGAGGAAGGGGAAGAAGGGGAAGAGUGGGAAGGGCAAGAAGGCGGAUGAGGAGGAGGAUGAGCUGGAUUUGGACGCGGAGAUAGCCAAGGCCAAGGCUGAGAAGGAGGCGGUUGCGGCGGCGGCGGCGGCCAAGAAGGCAGAGGAGGAGGCUGAGGCGGGUAAAGCUGCCGGAGAGGAGAACGGGGAGGGAGAUGAUGGGGAUGAUGGGCCAAAGAUUCUCACCAAAGCUCAAAAGGAGAAGCUCAAGAAGGAGAAGGAGAAGGCCAAGAAGAAGGCUCAGGCGCAGGCAAAGAAGGGAGAUGCGGCGCCCGCUGCAUCAGAGCCAACACCGGUCGAGCCUACCGCUGCUCCCGCACCCGUCGAAGAAGCGGACGAAGGCGACGACGCGGACGAUGGCGCUGCUGGCGGGUCGAAGAACAAGAAGAAGAAGAAGAAGCCCGCUGCCAAGGCCGAACCCGCUCCUGCUGCUACUGGCGGCAAGAAGGUCUCCGCCCAUAUCGCGGCCAUGCAGGCGGCGAUGGUGGAGAAGCAGCGGAUCGAGGCGGAGCUGAAAGCUGCGGAGGCCGAGCGGAUCCGGAAGAUUGAGGAGGAGGAUGCGCGGCUCGCAGCCGAGGAGGAGAAGAUUGCUGAGGCCAAGGCGGCCAAGAAGCAAAAGGAGAAGGAGAAGCUGGCAAAGGCAAAGGCGGAGGGUCGGAUCUUGACACCUCAGCAGAAGAGGGAGAAGGCGGCUGCGGAGGCGAGAAAGCAGGCGAUGCUGGAUGCGGGAAUGAGUGUCGCGGGGUUGCAAGCGGGUGGAGCUGCGCCCAAGCGGCCAUUCACAAAGAAGAAGCCUGUCGGGAAGGGCAAGCAGGCGCCAGCGGCGGACAAGAAGGACGAGGCUGCGGCGGCAGAGAAGGAGAUUGCGAGCCCGCCCGCACCUGGAUCGCCCACUUCAGCCGCGCCCGAAUCGGCCAAGCCUACAGAGGAUGGCGAUGAUUGGGACAAGUCGGAGGAUGAGGCAGCGGUGGAGAAGAUGGUCGAUGGGGUUUCCAAGCUGGCGGUCGAGGAUGAGGAUGAUUGGGAUAAGUCAUCCGAGGACGAGGCGCCACCAAAACCCGCCCCGACUCCUGGCACCGCUGUCAAAGCUCCCGCUCCCGCUUCCGCACCGGUUGCCGUAUCCGCACCUUCCCCCAAACCCAAAACGAACGGUACCGCCAAACCCGCCGUUCCCACCACAAACGGCAAGUCUGCACCCGUCAAGGACGAGUCCUCGUCUGAGGAAGACAGCUCUGACGAGGAAUCUGACUCGGACGAUGACUCGGAUGACGAUUCGGACGAGGAGUCUGAUUCUGAGGACGAGGCGGAGAAGCGGAAAGCUGUGGCUCUGGACAAGAUCAGGCAGAGGCAGAAGGAGGCAGAGGCAGCCAAGAACAAGGAAGAUUUGAGAUCUCCAAUUUGUUGUAUCUUGGGGCACGUCGAUACGGGAAAGACCAAGCUUUUGGACAAGAUCCGUCAAACCUCGGUUCAGGAGGGAGAAGCUGGAGGAAUUACCCAACAAAUCGGUGCCACCUUCUUCCCGCGAAAGGCGAUCCAGGAGAAGACUGCCGUUGUCAAUAAGAGCGGCGAGUACGAGGUCAAGGUGCCCGGGUUGCUUAUCAUCGAUACGCCUGGACACGAGUCCUUUACCAAUCUCCGGACGCGAGGUAGUUCCCUGUGUAACAUUGCUAUCCUCGUUGUCGACAUUACCCACGGCCUCGAGCCCCAAACUAUCGAAUCGCUCAACCUCCUCAAGAACGGCAAGACUCCGUUCAUUGUUGCGUUGAACAAGAUCGACAGGAUGUACGGCUGGAAAGCGACAGAGAACGGUGGUUUCCGCGAGACGCUCGCCAACCAAUCCAACUCUGUCAAAUCCGAAUUCGCCGACCGAGUCGCCAAGACCAAGCUCGCGUUCGCUGAGCAAGGUCUUAACGCCGAGAUCUUUGACGAAAACAAGAACCUCGGUCGAAACAUCUCCCUCGUCCCCACCUCGGCCAUCACCGGCGAAGGAAUCCCCGACAUGCUCAUGCUUCUCGUCAAGCUCACGCAGGAGCGGAUGAACCAGAGCCUCAUGUACAUCUCGGAGCUGGAGUGUACUAUUCUGGAGGUGAAGAUCAUUGAGGGGUUGGGGACGACGAUUGAUGUGGUGUUGUCGAACGGGGUGAUGAGGGAGGGAGAUAGGAUAGUGCUGUGUGGUAUGGACGGACCCAUCGUCACUACGGUGCGAGCGCUCCUUACGCCCCAGCCCAUGAGAGAACUCCGAGUCAAGUCUGCCUAUGUCCAUCACAAAGAAGUCAAGGCCGCUCUCGGAGUCAAGAUCUCCGCACCCGGUCUCGAAAAGGCCAUCGCCGGCGCCCGUCUUUACGUCGCUCAGGAUGACGACGAGGUCGAGGCGUACAAGGAUAUGGCCAUGGAGGAUCUUACCAACCUGGCCCGGUUCGUCGCCAAGAACGGCAAGGGCGUGUGGGUCCAGGCGUCCACCCUCGGAUCUCUCGAAGCCCUCCUUACCUUCCUCCAACAGAUGAAGAUUCCGGUCUUCAACUUCGGUCUCGGUCCAGUUUACAAGAAUACAAUUGUGCGGGCGGCGACGAUGCUGGACAAGGCGCCGGAGUAUGCGGUGAUUUUGGCGUUUGACGUCGUUAUUGAGAAGGAGGCGGCCGAGUUGGCGCAAAAGGGCGGGUUGAAGGUGUUCUCCGCCAUGAUCAUCUACCAUCUCUUUGACGCGUUCACAAAGUACAUGUCCGAGGUCACCGAGGCGAAGCGCCAGGCCGCAAUGCCAAAUGCCGUUUGGCCGUGCCGCCUCAAGAUCCUCCAGGCUUUCACCCACAGAGAUCCGAUUAUUCUUGGCGUGGACCUCAUUGAGGGCACGCUGAGGGUGGGUGCGCCAGUGGGUGUGGUCAAGACGGACAAGGAGGGGGGGAACAGGGAGAUUAUCAAGCUGGGGAAAAUCACGUCAAUCGAAAUCAACCACAAGCCUUUCGAGGUGGUGAAGCGGGCCCAGAUCGGGGCGGGUGCGGCAGUGAAGAUUGAGAGGGCACCGCACGAGGCGGCGAAGCUGUAUGGGCGGCAUUUCGACGAUAAAGAUGAGGUUGUAUCUUUGCUUUCAAGACAAAGCAUUGAUACGCUAAAAACAAACUUCAGGGAUAAGGUCGAUCUGGCCGAUUGGGCCUUGAUCAAGAAGAUGAAGGUGGAGCAGGGGAUCCAGUGA